AUGUUAGACGCCAUCCCGCUAUCGGAGGAGGAGCUAGGAAUGCUGUUUGGCCCACCCUUAAACGGGGCCGUCGGCAUUUCCUCGCCUACCCUUCGUUCUAAUCGUAGUAGCAGAAAGGUCCUUCGUCAAGCGUCGGCCGUACGUCUGGCCAACAAAAAGGAGCGGGUCACAAAAACCAAGCCAAACAUGAAGUCAAUAGGAGUUGUUCCCACUCGCUGCGGCUACCGAACGGGCAAGUGCCAGAACCUACAAGCCUUGAAACGGAAUGGAAAGCUGCACAAGCUGUGCGAAUUUCACCGUGAACGAGCCAACUUGAAUCAGAAGAAACUAGACCGCAAGAAACGGUUGCAGCGCUCUACGCUCUCGCCGCUCUAUUCAUCCUGCAAGUCCGAGUCGUUCGAGGACGAAACGAUCAGUACCAUUGCUAAACAAUCGCCGCGCACUGUCGAUGGAGUGGUGACCAGCGGUGCUUUCGUCAAUGCUGAGGUUAAGACGAAACCUGACGAACUCGACACGGAGUUUGUCCUACCGACAAACCUCCAUGAAGCUCCACUGGCGCUUGGCUGCGAAGAGCUCGCCAUCUUCUGCAGUCUCAUGACCUUUGACGCCAACCAUCAAGCACCAGUAAGUCGAGACCCAAUGCCGGUUUACACGCCAUCGUGCCAUUACUUCACGUCGUGUAGCACCGUUUAA